UGGCAACUGAACGACAUGCCGCUGUUCAACUACCCGCUGGGGCUUGGUGUCAUCAAGAACAAGGCCAUUGAGGAGUGGGCCCACUUCCGUGAGAACACACACAAGACGUUCAAGUUUACCAAGCGGACGUCGCUUUACGGCAUUGUCUUCUGCAUUGCUGUCCCUGCAGUCGUGCACUCGUUUGUCAAGGAGGAGGAGCUGAAGAAGACCGCCGUCGGCGUCACCAACCACUCCAAGUCCCAGGACUACCUCUAAGUGGUAACACACACACACACGCACUC